GAGCUGGUUAAGAAUAAGACUUGGGUUUUUAAGUGUUUGAUUGUCUUGCUGCUGCCCAAGUCAUGACGCUCCCAUUUCGGAAGGACUUGGACAAGUACAAAGAUCUCGAUGAGGAUGAGAUUCUUGGCAAGCUUUCAGAAGAAGAACUGAAACAACUGGAAACUGUUUUGGAUGAUCUUGACCCUGAGAACGAGCUCCUGCCCGCAGGCUUCCGACAGAAAGACCAGACGGCUAAAAAGGCCUCGGGCCCCUUCGACAGGGAACGACUCCUUGCCUAUUUGGAGAAGCAGGCUCUUGAGCACAAAGACAGGGAAGACUAUGUGCCUUUUACCAGAGAAAAGAAAGGGAAAAUAUUUAUCCCCAAGCAAAAGCCUGUCCAGUCUUACACAGAAGAUAAAUUCUCUCUUGAUCCAGAGCUGGAGGAGGCCUUGACCAGUGCCACAGACACAGAAUUAGGUGACCUUGCAGCUAUACUGGGCAUGUCCAACUUGAUAACAAACAAUCAGUUCUGUGAUGUAGUAGGAAGCAGUAAUGGGAUUGACAAAGACAGCUUCUCAAAUAUAGUAAAAGGUGAAAAAAUGUUGCCUGUUUUUGAUGAGCCACCAAAUCCCACAAAUGUGGAGGAGACACUACAGAGGAUUAAAGAUAAUGAUUCUCGUCUUGUUGAAGUCAAUCUAAAUAACAUUAAGAACAUACCAAUUCCAACGCUGAAAGAAUUUGCAAAAGCCUUAGAAACCAACAAGCAUGUGAAGAGUUUCAGCCUUGCAGCCACCCGAAGCAAUGACCCUGUUGCUGUUGCCCUUGCAGAUAUGCUGAGAGUAAACACAAAAUUAAAAAGUUUAAACAUAGAAUCAAACUUCAUCACUGGAGUUGGAAUUUUGGCACUGGUCGAUGCACUGAAAGACAACGAAACAUUGACAGAGAUCAAAAUUGAUAAUCAGAGGCAGCAGCUGGGCACACUUGCAGAAGUAGAAAUUGCCAAGAUGCUUGAAGAAAACACCAAGAUCCUCAAAUUUGGAUACCAUUUCACACAACAGGGACCUCGAGCCAGGGCAGCUGCAGCUAUCACAAAUAAUAAUGAUUUGGUUCGCAAGAGAAGGGUUGAAGGAGACAACUAGCAGGUCCUGGUGUCAGACCUGCGUGGAGAUUUCAAGGGUUGUCAAGGCAUGUUGAUCACUGUGGGCUUUGGCAUGCCUGGACUGCAUUUACCUGGGUUAGAAGGGAAAAGACUGGAAACCCCAUUCCUUUUAAAGCAAAGCUCUGUCAGUUAUCUGCUGGUAGGCAUCAGGUUUUUCAGAUUGAGACACAGUAACUGCCCCAGUCUCUGUACCAUAGUUCUUGGUGGUUUUUUUAAGAACUUUUUUGUAUUUCAAGACUUCGACUGUGUUUUCUACUAAAAAUGUAAUUACAAAUCAGUGGUAUGAUUGUCUGUAGUCAAAGAAUGGGACAUUCAAUCCUUGGGCUGAUAAUGACUCAAUUGAAAUGUUUGUUAGAAAAAUCUGGGG